UACAUGUUAAUGGACGCUAAUUCAAGACGUUAAAGCAAGAUUACAACAAAUGAAGAAAAUGAAAACUGACACUUAAUGUGUAUACAUUGUCAUGGGGAUACUCUGCUGUCCAAGGAAGACUAGAAUCUGUUUUUCUUUAUAAAAACUCAAAUUUUGAAAAGAAUCCAGAAAUAUGGUGACAAUUUGAUAAUUAACAGAACACUUGAGGAGGUGAAAUAAUACUUGACAUUGUAGACACCUGGAGUUAACAGCCUGUGUGAUAUACACACAUAUAUAUAUACAGCCCCUACAUAUCUGUGGGAGAGAGGAGGAGUACUGUUUCAUUCAUGUGCUGUGCUUGGUCGGACAGUGUGUAAUAAACCCCUGUAGGUGAUGUGUAUGAUACUCCACACUAAAGGUACAAUAACCCUCCGGUGACAGACCUGGAAGCUGUAGGGAAUAUCUGGUAGUCAAUGUUAACAAAAUUAUCAUUGUUGGUUUAUUGAAGGUGUUAAUCAAUGCUUCAUCACAUAGUGCUGUCUAUAGUGUUGGGUUCUAGAACAAGAUAUGUGGAUCAACAGUACCUGCAGGAUAUACAUACUGCAACAACCUAUGGGAUAUUUUCCUCCACUGGUCAUUGGUGUGUCCAGUUAACUGACUAACACUUACAUACUGGAAUCUUAAAGUUUAAACUACAGGUUCGUCGAGAAGAUGCUCGCUAGACCUGGCACAACGCAGUAGAACAGAGCAAACAUCGCACUGACCAUCCCAGUCGUUGACCAUAAGAUCCCCAGAUCAUUACAAGUCAUGGAUGACAUUGACCAGCUAACUUACGACGCCCUGGUCAAUGGAACUUUCAACUGGACAUCGAAUGACUCGUAUUUCUUCUGGUAUGACUACGAUGACCUGCCUUGUAUGUACGCAUCAGAUUAUAAGAAUGACUCAACAUCCACCAUGCUAGGGAGUCGCCCAAGCUACAACCUCCUGUUCAAGGUACUUUUACCUAUCAUCUGCGUGAGUGGCAUCGUCGGUAUCAUCCUCACGGUCAUGGUUCUUAGCCGUAAAAACAUGUGUACAUCUACUAACUGCUACUUAACGUCUUUGUCCAUCGCAGACCUGGGCUUCCUUGUGAUAUUGUCGACAAAGUUUCUGGAAUAUCGCAUUGUUGGCUACCAGUUCCACGUAUUUGAUAUAUAUUUCACAUACGCUCAGAUAUUUCUUCACACAUUCCUCCUGGCCUCUGUCUGGUUAACAGUCAUGCUUGCCAUUGAACGUUAUAUAGCUAUAUGUCAUCCGCUGAGGGCUAUAUCAAUAUGUACAGUUCGUCGGGCUCGCAUCAUCAUCGUCGUCAUUUUUGUCUUUUCCUUCUAUUGCCGUAUUCCAAACUUCUUUGAACAUGAAAUCAGAACAGUGACGCCAUGCCCAGGCUCUCCAGAGUUUCGACACAUAGUUCUAACAAAACUUGGACAGAACAUAACUUAUAAAAUAUCUUAUGCGUGGUUAGUGGACUGCAUCAUCUGUGCUAUUCUACCUUUUAUAGCGUUGCUGUUCCUCAACAUCAGAUUGAUUAUAGAAAUCCGUAAGUCUACAAGAUAUCUGAGAUAUCACCUAGGCACAGACAGUAGCAUGCAAAAUGCCGUAAGUAGUGAACAGCUUAAGAUCACCAUGAUGUUGAUUAGUAUCAUUUUUGUGUUCUUCAUUUGCCAGGCCCCUUAUGUGAUAACGAUAGCGUACAGAAAUAUCCAUCAGUAUACCUCGCGGACAAUCCUUCGUUCUCUCACCAUGGAGAUCGUAGCAGAUGCUACUAUUUUCAUGCUUGCGCUCAAAUCCGCAAUCAACUUUAUAUUAUACUGUUGGUUCAGCGAAAAGUUUUGGAAUACAUUUAAACGUUCGUUCUGUAUUCGGUACUGUCUGCGACGCUACAAUAGAAGACGUCAUAAUGGCCAUACGGUUCACUCGGCAGACCAAAUGGGCAGUCAAAGUGCUCGGAAGGCUUCUUGUAUGACUAAAGACACCAUCUGUUGAACACAUCAUCUGUAACUGGCAUUUUUCUGGUUUCAGAAAGAAAAACAGUGGAGUGGUUGAAAUGUUUUCCUUGUGUUUAUGUACGGAAAACUAAAAAUUAUGAACUUAGUUCCAUAUGUGCAAUAGUAUCGUAUCUUAUUUUGUCAAGAUUUUCGCGAAUUCUUAUUUAACACGGUAAGCAGUGUUACGUGUUGAGUAACUGUACAUAUUAUGUGUAAUUAUAUUUGGAAAGUGAUUUGUUGAUAAUUAUUAUUAUGUUACAAAGCAGGAUACUUAUUCUUGUCAAUAGAAAAAAAAUGAAAAAAAUACAACAUAUUUCAGAGUAAUCUGACUUUUUUUUUUUUAAAUUUUCGAAUUCUGAAAAACUUGACUGACUCUCUUUGCUUAACGAGUAUAAUACAUUAUCAUUGUCAGGUGGUUGAUGUUACCAACCCAUAACGGAGCAUGGCUGUGCUAUUUUUUUAAAGCAAGUUUUCAAUUUUAUGAAAUUGUUGCAAUGAAAAUAGAAAUCCGAUAUUACUUUGUCAUAUGUUUGUUAUUUUUGUGAAGGAAAAUUUUUUCACCAUAUGAAUUAUAUCUUUGUCGGUUAGAAAUGUAUUGUCAUUCUUCUUGUCCGUAAUUUUUUGAAUUUGUUGUCUCUAAAUUUUAAGACAAAAGAUAGUCAUUGUUAAACAUGGUUCACUGAUGUGAUUUGUUUCCUCCAACUUGUACCAGUAGGUACAUGUGCACGUUUUUUGCUUUACAUCAUGAAAGAUAAUAUCUAACAGAUAUGAUGAACAAAAAAAUCCAUUUCGACAAUUUUUAUUAUUGAAACAUUUGCCAGCUUAUGUAGAAAUAAAACAUCAGCUUAUUAACCACACGUAUAGUCUUUGAUGGAUGCGCGUUCGUGAGAGAAAACAAAGUAACAUUGAUCGUUAUGCUAUCUUUUCUCGGUCAAUCGGGAGAUAGAAACACCGCCCUCUGGAUGGAGGAAUUAGGGGCAAACCUUUAAAGUUCAGAUUGUGAUAUCUUUAAACGUGGAGAUGAUUUUGAUAUAAAUCAAAAUUGAAAUUUUUAGUUUAUAGGUCACCUGGUCUCGUAGUAACGUAUUCUGAUACUCUUCAUCCGGCGUCGUGUGUCCGUAAACAAUUUAACACUUUCGAUUUCUUCUUAAAAACCCUGAACCAAUUUCAAUGAAAAUUUUGCAGAAACCUUCCCUGGCCUACGAUGAACCUAAAUUGUUAAUCAUACAAUCCCCAGGGGCUGAUAAGCGGGGACUAAAAAUGGUCAAAUUGACUUAAAUCUCAAAAAUCUUCUUCUCAAGACCCAGAUAUGGUAGAAUCAAAUGCAUCUCAUGAAUGAAAUCAUCUUAAGGUGCUUUACCAAAAUUGUGAAUUCAAGGCCCCAGGGUCUCGCAUAUCCCCGUAGGGAGGGGGUAAAGUUCACUAUACAUUAUAUAGGAAAACAAGAUUUUUGAGCAUGAUUUGUUUAAUUUUCCAUUGGAAAUAUUUCAGACCUGGUUAGAAUUAUGAGUAAAUGAUGACGGCCUCUGGUAUGUCAAUCUUGAUCCUGACUAACCCCUAGGGGCUGAUGGGCGGGGACCAAAAUGGAUCAAAUUGACUUAGAUUUCAAAAUUAUUCUUCUGAAGACCUAGAUAUGUUAGAAUCAAAUGCUCUUCUUGAAUGGAAGCAUCUUUAGGUGCUUUGAUUAUCAAAAUGAGUCUCACAUUUCUUUCUGGGGAGGAAUUUUUUUUAGACUUUACUGCAAUUUUCAUAGAAAAAUGGUAUUUUUGAGCAUAACGUUGGUUAUUUCCCACUGGGAAUAACUUUGUAUGAAUUAUCAGUAUAGGAUGACAGUUUUGAUGGUAUGUAUUGACGCUGUCUAUAUUCAGUGUCACAAUUUCUGUUUCAUGACACUUGAUAACUAUCCUUUAACCUUCAUAUUCAAUAUUGCUUACCUCAGGUGACCGCCAAGGCCACUAGGCCUCUUGUUCUAGGUCAUUAUGCCUCAUACGUUCAGUCGAACCUCGAUGUCUCGAAUUCGUAGAUCCCGUUUUAUUCGAAACGUUUCGUUAGUCCCCGUCAAAUUCAUACAAAAUAUUUGAAAUCACUGCAAUUGAAUAAACGGGUUUUCCCCCACGGAGAUAACGAGGUUCGACUGUACAUGAUAAGGCUACUUACUGGUUGUAGCUAUGCUGACAAUAAGAACACGUUGUCGAAGUAAGUUGUAUUAUAAAAUGCAUUGCUACUAUAAAAAAAGGUAAAUUGGAAAUAUUUUUCUUAAACAGUGAAGUAUGUGUUAUUUUCUUAUUUGUAGACGAAUAUAGAAUGGAUUAUACGUUGACACAUUGAAAUGACAUGUAUUUUUGUGUUCGUUCUGUAGGAAGUGAAACCCAUAUUUUAUCAAAAGAUGUAUUUAUGUAGAUGGAAAAUUAUUGUGAUAUCUUUUUGUAAUGAUUUAACACUAUGUAAGUUCAUGUAAAUGUAUCGCUUGAUAUUAUGUUAUGUAGUGAAAAUGGCAAAAUUUCAUUAAGUCAAUAAAAAUAGAAUAAAAACAAGUAUUCAAUCUAA